AUGGCACAACUGUAUCAAAAUUUCCUUAAGAACGUCCAGGGUUUCGAGAACAGGAAGGCGAUCCUGAACAUCGUCUCCUCGCUGUUCCUCGGCACGACACCCUCUGUCGCCCAUCCUGACGCUUUGGAAAUCGACGAGAGCUUGCUCAACGCUGAUUGGCGUCAUGGUCGUCUUGCUGGCUUCUCGCAGGAGAAGAUGUCUCAUCUUGACGAGGGCAACCGGGGUGUCUCUCUAGCUUACACCUAA